AUGUUUAAAAAAACUGAUAAUAAUUUUCCCCAUGUCAGUAGAAAUAAACUAAAAAUACGAAAAAUUGAAGUCAAGCCAAAGGAAUAUAAUGACUCAAAUCCUCCAGAAAUUGUUGAUCAAAUGGAGCUUAUUGAAGAUUUUUCAAAAAAUCCAAAUGCAAGUUUUAAGUACAUGAUUUAUUCUGUCGAACGUUCCUCAAAAUAUUUCACGCCUUAUGCACUCAAGAUAGUAUCGUACAAAGAUGUUGGUCGCACAUACAUGACGAUAAGUUCAAGUGGUGUGACUCAAUAUGCUCAAAACUCCGUAACAUUUACACCACUUUGCCGGUGGAAAAGAGAGUACAUUUUCUAUCUUAAGCUUAUGAAGAUAAAAUUUUUUUCAAACUAUCCACUUUGGAAAGCUCUAUAUUAUCUAAAAAAAUAUAUAAAAAUUAAAAAAUUCAACAAGGCCAAAAAUUAUAUUGGCAAAAAUUUAUUUAUCUGUGAUAAUAUCAUUGGAAAUUCAAUUUUAAAAAUUAAUCACAUGUUUUGCAAUUUUUUUGAUGAAUCAUUUUUCGAUUCUAGUAUUAUUCAAAACAUGACACUAUUUGAAUUUGUCGAAUUACAGUUUAUUAAAUUGGAAAAUGUUAAAAAAAAAUUAGACAAUUUACGAAUAAUUAUUGUAGAAAUUAUUUAUAAGGCGUGUCUUGAGUCUUUAUUUGAGGCAGGAUAUACAAUCGAUGAUUCAAAUAUUACAUUUUCCCAAACAAUUUAUGGUAAACUUGGUGAAUUUUCAAACAAAAUAUCUUUACCAAAUAAUAAUAGUAAUAGUACCCUCAAAAUGAGUUUCAUUGAACAGGCUAAUAAAAGAGAAAAAUGUCAUCGUUUAUCAAAUUUUAUUCACUUGAUUGAUUAUGUUACUGUCAACAUGAUGCAUGAUUUAUUAGAAAAAACAUAUAUUCAAUUUUUUAAAGUAUUAAAAAUACAUACUGAUUUUUUGUCUGUUGAUGAAGAGAUGGAUUGUACUUUAGUCAAUACUGAAAUUGAAAAUUCACGACCUACUGACUCUCCCUACAAAGAGCCUUAUUUUUUAGUUGAUAUGAUUAUAUCAGCUGAUGGUGUCAUCACAAUAGAUCCACUGGAAAAUGUAUUCAAUUUUGUCAUGUCGACAAUUCAAACAAUUUGGACUGAAACAAUCAUCAAAAUAAAACCACUUUUAACAGAUUCACAUUUUCAAUGUUUCACAAAGCCAAUAAUAAAUCAUAAAAUUUUGAAAAAUAAAUUAUCUGGUGAACCACCCAAUGUCAAUGAUAUAAUAAAACAAAGUACAAUAAUUGAAAAUUUAAUAAAUAAAAUAAAUAUUAUAUUUAAAAAAAAUUUUAUAAUUAUUCAUAAAUAUUUGAGUAAUUAUUUAAACAUUGAAAAAUUUUAUAUGGAUAAUAUUAUGUUUGAUGAUAAUAUAAUACGUCAAAAUAAAAAUUGUAAUUUAAUUAAAGAAUUAUGUGAAAAAUAUAAAAAUGAAAUUGAUUGUAUAAACAAUGUUGUUGAUGUUAAAUCAAUUGGUAUAUUUAAUUUAAAAACUGAUAGAUUCAAAACCAAGGCAUUAUCAGCAACGUUAAAUAAAAAAAAAAUUCUUGUAACUGUUGUACCUGGAACUGGAAAAUCAAAAGCUGAUGAGUUGCUAAAAAAAACACAAGAAGCUAAAAGUUAUCUUGAGAGUGAUCCAACAACAGCUGAUGAAUACUUUGAAUUUUUAAAAUAUGUUGAUAAAGCACAACAAUAUGCUGAUACCUUGGAGCACCAAUUGGAUUACGUCAAAGAAAUUUAUGAUGUUAUUGAUGAAUAUGGAAUUCCUGUUUCUGACGAGGAUAUUGAUCGUUACUUGAGUAUAAGUGCCCAGUUGUCGAGUCUGCGAAGAGCUGUUGAUAGACGUCUAGAAGACAGAGAAACACUUGUUGAAAAAUUUAAUAUAAAUAUAGAAAUUGAAAUUAAAAAAUUAACUGAAAUAGUUUCACGAAUAAAUGACAAAAUAGUUGAACCUUGGCUUUUGGAUAUUGAAAGUGAUACUUAUGAAUGUCUAGAAACUCUUGAUGAAUAUACAGACACACUUAAAAUAUGUACAAAUAAACUUGAAGAAUUUCAAUCACAUCAAAAACGUUUAAAACUUGAAAUAUCACGUUUAGAAAUUUUAUCACAUGUUACAAAUGAAGUUAAACUAAGAAAAUUACUGUGGGACAGUAAAAUAUCAUGGGCUGAUUUUAUUGUUGAUUGGUACACUGCUGAUUUUAAUACUCUAAAUGUUGAUGAAAUAACAAAUAUAACAAAUAAAUAUUUAAAAAAUAUAAUACAACUUGAAAAAGGUUUACCAAUUAAUAAUGUAUUACCAAAGCUAAAAGAAGACGUUGAAAUAAUACGUGAUAAAUUACCAGUUAUAAGUUAUUUACGUAAUUCAAAUUUAAAAACUCGUCAUUGGAUUAAAAUUGAAAAGCUAUUAAAUUAUAAUUAUCAACCAGAUAUAGUAAAGUUAACAUUACAAUUUUUUGAUGAUAUUGAUGCAUUUUUAUACUAUGAUGAAUUAUUAGAAAUAUCUGGUUCAGCAACAUCAGAAGCAAAUCUUGAAUCAAUGCUCAAUAAAGUACAAGAUAUUUGGAAAAAUCUUGAAUUUAUUAUAAUACCACAUAAAAAUUCAAAAGAUGUAUUUAUACUUGGUAGUUUGGAAGAAAUUCAAGGAGCCCUAGAUGAAAGUAAUAUCAACAUACAAACAAUUGGUGCAUCUCGUCACGUAGCACCUAUUAAACCACGAUUGGAUGAAUGGUCAAAACAAUUGGAUUUAUUUUCACAAACACUUGAAGCUUGGCAGUAUUGUCAACAACAAUGGAUGUAUCUUGAGGCAAUAUUUUCUGCUCCAGAUAUUCAACGGCAAUUAUCAGAUGAAGCAAAUCUUUUUACCACAGUUGAUAAAUCUUGGAAGGAUAUUAUGAGAAAAACUGCAAAGAUGCCUUUGGCAAUGGUUGCCGGGACACAAUCGGGUCUCUUGGAACAGCUAGAAAAAAAUAAUAAAAAUCUUGAUGAAAUUACAAAAUGUCUUGAGGCAUAUCUUGAAACAAAACGUAUUGCAUUUCCAAGAUUUUUCUUUCUUUCAAAUGAUGAACUUCUUGAAAUUCUUGCACAAACAAAAAAUCCUCAUGCAGUACAAAAACAUUUACAAAAAUGUUUUGAUGCAAUUUAUCGUUUAGAAUUUGCAACAAAAUCCAAUAAUUCAAUUGGCAAAGAGCCAAUAUUGACAACAGAUAUUUUAGCAAUGUUAUCACCAGAAGGUGAACGAGUUAUCCUUGUUGGUGAUAUAAAAGCAAAAGGAAAUGUUGAAAAUUGGCUGGGAAAAGUUGAAGAAUCAAUGUUUAUUUCAUUAAAAAAAAAAAUGAAAUUAGCAAUAUUAGAUCUUAAAAAAAGAGGUAGAAAUAAAUUUUUAUCAUCUCAUCCAUCACAAAUUGUUUUAACAGUAUCACAAAUAUUUUGGUCAAAAAAUGUUCAUAUAAUUUUUGAAAGUAAAAAUAUUGAAAAUUCAAUGCGUUCAUUUGAACAAAAAUGUUAUUCAGAUUUAAAUGAACUUGCUGCAAUGGUACGACAAGAACUACCAGCAUUAGAACGUGAUGUUAUAAUAAAUUUAAUAACAAUUGAUGUACAUGCAAGAGAUAUUAUAACAUCAUUGGUAAAUUCAAAAGUAUCAUCAAGUCAAUCAUUUGAAUGGACAAAAAAUUUACGUUAUUAUUGGGAUGAUAAUAUGAAUAAUUGUUUAGCACGUAUGAGUAACGCUGAAUAUUUAUAUGGCUAUGAGUAUCUUGGUGCACAAAAAAGGCUCGUUAUAACACCACUAACUGAUAAAUGUUAUUUAUGCUUAAUGGGUGCACUACAACUUGAUCUUGGUGGUGCACCAGCUGGUCCAGCUGGUACUGGUAAAACAGAAACAACAAAAGAUUUAGCAAAAGCACUUGCAAUACAAUGUGUUGUAUUUAAUUGUUCCGAAGGUCUUGAUUUUAAAAUGAUGGGUAGAUUUUUUUCUGGUCUAGCAACAUCUGGUGCAUGGUGUUGUUUUGAUGAAUUUAAUCGUAUUGAUAUUGAAGUAUUAUCUGUUAUUGCACAACAAUUAAUAACAAUUAAAAAUGCAAAAAUAUCUAAAUUAAAAAAAUUUUUAUUUGAAGGACGUUUUAUUAAACUUGUUAUGUCAUGUGCAACAUUUAUAACAAUGAAUCCUGGUUAUGCUGGACGUACUGAAUUACCAGAUAAUCUUAAAUCAUUAUUUAGACCAAUAUCAAUGAUGGUACCUGAUUAUAAACUCAUUGCUGAAGUUACAUUAUACUCUGAAGGUUUUGAAACAUCUAAAAAAUUAUCAAUUAAAAUGACACUUAUGUAUACAUUAUGUAGUGAACAAUUAUCACAACAAGAUCAUUAUGAUUUUGGUAUGAGAGCUGUUAAAAGUGUUCUUGUUAUGGCUGGUAGUUUAAAAAGAAAUAAUCCAGAUAAAAGUGAAGAUGUUGUAUUGAUAUGUGCACUACGUAAUAGUAAUUUACCAAAAUUUUUAGCUGAUGAUGCUGAACUUUUUGUUGGUAUUUUAGCUGAUUUAUUUCCUAAUACAGUUUUACCAGAUGAUGAUUAUGGAAUUUUUCAAGAUACAAUUAUCAAGGUAAUGGAGGAUAAAUUAUUACAACCAGAAAAAUCAUCAAUUAAAAAAAUAAUUCAAUUGCAUGAAACAAUGCAAGUUAGACAUGGUGUGAUGCUUGUUGGACCAACUGGAGCUGGAAAAACAACUCUUCUUCAUACACUAAGUGAAACUUAUAUUAAAUUAAAUGAAAUGGAAGAACCUGGUGUAUAUAAUAAAAAUGUAAAUAUGUAUACAUUAAAUCCAAAAGCAGUGACAAUGGGUGAAUUAUACGGUGAAAUUGAUUUAAUGUCAAAUGAAUGGCGAGACGGUUUAUUGGGUUCAAUAAUACGUACAGUGUGUUCAGUUAAUAAUGAUGAUCAUCAAUGGGUGAUCUGUGAUGGUCCAGUUGAUGCUUUAUGGAUUGAAAAUAUGAAUACUGUUCUUGAUGACAAUAAAAUGUUAUGUUUAGCAAAUUCUGAGAGAAUAAAAUUUACGCCAUAUGUUAAAAUGAUAUUUGAAGUUAUGGAUUUAGCACAAGCAUCACCAGCAACAGUAUCAAGAUGUGGAAUGGUUUAUGUUGAUCCAUCAGAACUUGGUUGGAUGCCAUACGUUAAAACUUGGAUAAAUAAAAUUGCCAAUAUUUUACCAAAUAAAGAAGCGAAAUUGUUAAUUCAUCAACUUUUUGAUAAUUACAUACAAGAUGGAUUGUUAUUUUUUAAAAAAUAUUGUGAUCAUGCUAUUGGACAAGUUGAUAUUAGUAAAGUCAAUAUGGUUUGUAGUUUAUUGGAGAGUAUAUUUAAAGAAAAAGGUGCAUUUGAUAAAACACUGGAUAAAACAAGAAUGAGAACCUUUAUUGUUCAAGCAUUUAUAUUCUCAUAUAUUUGGGGUAUUGGAGGAAAUAUUAUUGACACAUCACGUGAAGCAUUUGAAUUAUUUAUCAAUAAUCAAUUUGCUGAUAAUACUGAUGCCAGGUUACCAGCAUCCGGUGAUUUAUGGAAUUUUUAUAUAAAUGUUAUUAAUCAACGAAUGGAUUUAUGGCUCAAACUAAUGCCACCAUUUAUUUAUGAUGGUGAUAAACCAUUUUUUGAAAUUCUUGUUCCAACAAUUGAUACUGUUAGAUAUGGAUAUAUUAUUAGUAAAAUGAUUGAUGCAAAAAAACCAGUAUUUGUUACUGGUGAAACUGGUGUUGGAAAAACAGUUAUAGUCAAAGUUGUAUUAAAUUCAUUACGUGAAACUGGAACAUGGAUCCCGGCAAAUUUUAAUUUUUCAGCUCAAACAAGUAGUAAAAGAACUCAAGAAAUAUUAGAGCUUAAACUUGAAAAAAAAAAACGUACAUUACUUGGUGCACCAAUUGGUAAAAAAAUAUGUAUAUUUGUUGAUGAUGUUAAUAUGCCACGUUAUGAUACAUAUGGAUCACAACCACCAAUUGAAUUGUUACGACAAGUGUUAGAUUUUCAAGGUUUUUAUGAUCGUGAAAAACUUUAUUGGAAAGAUAUUGAAAAUAUUGUAUUAGUUGCUGCAUGUGCACCACCUGGAGGUGGAAGAAAUCCACUUAGUCCAAGAUUUACACGUCAUUUUGGUAUGCUUGUUGUACCAAUGGCAACAGAAUCAUCAUUAAAAUCAAUAUUCAGAUCAAUUUUACAAGGUUUUUUGUCAUUCAAUGAAUUUUCACAAGGUGUCAUAAAUAUUUGUGAUAAAAUUGUCAAUGCAACUGUUGAAAUAUAUGAUAAAAUAUCUGAUGAUCUUUUGCCAACACCUGAAAAAAGUCAUUAUGUAUUUAAUUUACGUGAUUUAUCAAAAUGCAUACAAGGUAUAAUGCAAGUUGAACCAUCAACAACUCGUGAUGCCAAACAAAUGACAAGAUUAUUUUAUCAUGAAUGUUUAAGAGUAUUUCAUGAUCGUCUUAUUGAUACAAAUGAUAAAAAUUAUUUCUAUCGUUUAUUAUCAAGCACUUGCUAUCGAAUAUUUGGUGAUGAAGUCAUUCGUCUUCCAGCACAAACUGAUGAAACAAUUGAUGAACCACCGAUACUUUAUUUUGGUGAUUUUAUGAAUUUUGGAGCAUCAAAAGAAUCAAGAUACUAUGAAGAAAUAACAAAUGUUGUUAGAAUGAAAGAAAUUCUUCAGGAUUAUUUGGAUGACUUUUGUCUGGUCGCAAAUAAAGAUAUAAAAUUAAUAUUUUUCACAGAUGCAAUUCAGCAUUUGUGUCGUCUAGCAAGAAUAUUAAGAUCUGAAAGAGGUCAUGGUUUGUUGGUUGGUGUUGGUGGAAUGGGUAAACAAAGUUUAACUCGACUGGCAUCACAUUUAAAUGGAUAUCCAUGUUCGCAAAUUGAAGUUUGUCGUGGAUAUGAUAUUAAUUCAUGGCAUAUUGAUCUACGUGAAUUUUAUUUAAACCCAGGUGCAUAUGCUAAAGAUGCUACAUUUUUAUUUACUGAUACACAAAUUGUUGUUGAAGAAUUUCUUGAAGAUAUAAACAAUACUCUUAAUUCUGGAGAAGUGCCAAAUUUAUUUGAAGCUGAUGAAUUAGAAAAAGCUAUAAUUGCAACAAGACCAGCAGCUAAAGAUGCUGGAAUAAGUGAAGAAAAUCGUGAUGAAAUAUUUGAUUUUUUUAUAAGUCGUGUACGUAAUCAUUUGCAUUUAGUACUGUGUAUGAGUCCAGUUGGUGAUGCAUUUCGUCGACGUUGUCGUAUGUUUCCUUCGUUGGUAAAUUGCUGUACCAUCGAUUGGUUUACAAAGUGGCCAAACGAUGCAUUAUUAUCAGUUGCUGAAACAUGUAUUGCUCCAUUAAUUAUUGACAAUACAAACAAAGUUAAAUCCUUGGCAUCAAUUUGUGUUUUAAUGCAUCAAAGUGUUGAAGAUAUGACUCACAGAUAUUUUACUGAAAUGAAAAGACGAUAUUACACAACUCCCAGUAGUUAUUUAGAACUUUUAAAAUUAUAUUCAUCGACAUUAGAACGUAAAAAUAAAGAGCUAACAACAAUGAGAGCUAAAAUUGAAAAUGGAUUAAAUAAACUCAAUGAGACAAAUGAGACAGUUGUAAUAAUGAAAAAAGAUAUUAUUGAAUUAGCACCACAAUUAAAAAUAAGCUCAGAACAAGUUACAAAAUUAAUGAAGGUCGUACAAAAACAAAAAGUUGAAUGUGAUAAAGUUCGUACAGUUGUCUUGGCUGACGAGGCACAUGCCAAGAUAAAAGCAAAUGAGACAGCAUUACUUGAAGCAGAAGCACGUAAAGAUUUAGAGUCAGCAAUACCAGCUUUACAAGAAGCAGAAAAAGCAUUAAAAUCAUUAAAUAAAAAUGACAUUAAUGAAAUAAAAGUAUUUCAAAAUCCUCCAAAUCUUGUACGUGUUGUUAUGGAAGCUGUAUGUUUACUUCUUGGUGAAAAAACUGAUUGGCCAUCAGCAAAAUCUGUAUUAUCUGAUGGACAUUUUCUCGAACGUUUAGUCACAUAUCCAAAAGACAACAUAUCAAAUAAAUUGCUAAAAGAUCUUGAAAAAUAUGUUGAUAAUCCAGAUUUUUUACCACAUAUUGUUGCUAAACAAAGUAAAGUUUGUAAAUCAAUGUGUAUAUGGGUACGUGCAAUAUCUGGUUAUGCAAAAUUAUAUCGUAUUGUUGAGCCAAAAAGAGAAAAAUUAAAAGAAGCACAAAUUGAACUACAUAAUAUUGAAGAUAUAUUACGUGAAAAACAAAAGGAAUUAUUUGAAGUUGAAGAAAAAAUAAUUAAACUUGAAGAACAAUAUAAUUUAGCUGUUAAUAAUUUAGCUGAAUUACAAGCAAAUAUUAGUUUAAGUGAAAAAAGAUUAAAAAGAUCUGGUAAAUUAAUUGUUGCUCUGGCUGAUGAAGAAAUACGUUGGAAAAAAUCAAUUUUAAAUUUUAAAAUUUUAAUAAAUAAUCUUAUUGGUGAUGUAUUAUUGGCUGCUGGUGCAUUGGCAUAUCUUGGUGCAUUUACACAAUCAUACAGACAAGAAUUAUUAAAUAAUUGGCUGGAUAAAUGUCGAAUCGAAAAUAUUGAUAUAACAUCAAAUUUUAGUUUAAUUGGUGUACUUGGUGAUUCUUAUAAAAUUAAAUCAUGGAAUUUUUUUGGUCUUCCAAGAGAUGAUGUCAGUGCAGAAAAUGCAUUAUUUGUAACACAAGCAAGACGUUGGCCUUUGAUGAUUGAUCCACAAGAACAAGCAUACAGAUGGAUUAGAAAUAUGGAAAUGGAAAAUAGCAUUAAAAUAUGUGAAAUGACAAAUCCAAAUUUAAUGAGAAUAAUGGAAAAUUGUAUUAGACUUGGAAUGCCAAUAAUGCUGAAUAAUGUUGGUGAAGUAUUAGAUCCAAGUUUAGAGCCAAUUUUACUUCAACAAGUAUUUGUCCAGGCUGGAAAAACAUUGAUACGUCUGGGAAAUAGUGACAUUGAAUAUGAAAGCGGAUUUAAACUUUAUAUGACAACAAAGUUGGGAAAUCCUCAUUAUUUACCAGAAAUAUGUAUCAAAGUAACAAUUGUUAAUUUUACUGUAACACCAAGUGGUCUUGAGGAUCAAUUACUAGCUGAUGUUGUUAGACUUGAAAGACCAGAUCUUGAAAUAAUGCGUGAUGAAUUAGUUGCAAAUAUAAAUUAUGAUAAAACACAAUUAUUAAUUAUUGAAGAUAAAAUAUUAUCAAUGUUGUUUAAUUCUGGUGAUAAUAUAUUAGAUAAUGAAGAAUUAAUUGAAAGUUUAAAUGACAGUAAAGAAACGUCAAAAAUUAUUGGAACCAGAGUUAUUGAUUCAGAAAAAACUGAACAGGAUAUUAUUAAAGCACGUGAUAAAUAUCGUUCAGUUGCAACUCGUGGAUCUGUAUUAUUUUUUGUUGUAUCUAGUCUCAAUGAAAUUGAUCCAAUGUAUCAAUUUUCAUUGAAAUAUUUUAAUCAGCUAUUUAAUAAUGUCAUUGAGACAAGUAAAAAAAGUGAAAAUAUAAAUGAACGUUUGCAAAUUCUUUAUGAUAAAAUUACACUUUCAAUUUAUUUAAAUGUAUCAAGAGGACUAUUUGAAAAACAUAAACUUAUAUUGAGCUUUAUGUUCAAUGUUGCGAUACUAUUGAAUGAAAAUAAAAUUACUUAUCCUCAAUGGAAUUUUAUUCUCCGCGGUCCAGGACCAAUUCAAGUGAAAUCAAAACCUGAUUACCCAACACUGAGCGAGACAACCUGGAAAUCAAUAAAUUACUUGAAUGAAAAUUUCCCAAAAUUUAAUGGUCUAUUGGAGGAUGGAUUGAAGCAAAUUAAUAUAAAGCUGGAUUACUUGGAAGAGAUAAUCAACGUCAUACCCGAGAACAAUAUAAAGAGCACUAAAAAUUGGAAUGAAAAUUUAGACGACAUUGAAAAAUUAAUGCUUAUAAAAUGUUUAAAAGAAGAUAAAUUAAUAUUUGGAAUAAAUGCAUAUAUUAAAAAAAAUUUAGGUCAACAAUUUGUCGAGUCUUCAAUAGUUUCUCUACCUGACAUUUAUCCAGAUACGUCAAAUGUAACACCAUUAAUAUUUAUAUUAAGUACAGGCUCUGAUCCAUUUGCAUCAUUUGUUAAAUUUGCAAUUGAAAAAGAAUAUAAAGAUAAAUACUCAUCAAUAUCACUGGGUCAAGGUCAAGGACCAAUUGCUGAAGAAUUAAUAAAAGAAGCUUGUAAAACUGGCAGAUGGAUAUAUCUACAAAAUUGUCAUCUAGCAAAAUCAUGGAUGCCAUCACUUGAACGAAUUGUCAUUGAAAUAAUUGAAGAUAAUAAAAGCAUUGAUAAAAAUUUUCGUCUAUUUUUAAGCUCAAUGCCAAGCCCCUCAUUUCCCGUAGCAAUACUUGAAAAUUCUGUUAAAGUUACAAAUGAACCACCAAAAGGAUUAAAAGCAAAUAUUAAACGUGAAUUACAUGAUUUACCAUCAAGCAUAUAUGAUGAUAAUGAUAAAAUUAAUAUAAAUUUACAAAAAAUGAUAUUUGGAGUAUGUUUUUUUCAUGCAAUAAUACAAGAAAGAAAAAAAUUUGGUCCACUUGGUUGGAAUAUAAAUUAUGAAUUUAGUGAUAAUGAUCGUGAAUGUUGUUUAUUAAAUUUAAAAUUAUUUUGUAAUACUAAUGAUAAUAUUAUACCUUGGAAUGCAUUAAUUUAUACAACUGGUGAAAUAACAUACGGUGGAAGAAUAACUGACAAUUGGGAUUUGCGAUGUUUAAAAACAAUACUUGAUAAUUAUUUAUCACCAAAAACACUUGAUGAUAAUUAUUGCUAUUCAUCAUCAGGAAUAUAUUAUUGUCCAGGCUAUGAUAAUAUAAAUAAAUAUAAAGAAUAUGUUGAUAAAUUUCCAUUGAUUGAAGAACCAGAAAUAUUUGGUAUGCAUGAAAAUGCAAAUAUAACAUAUCAAUUAAAUGAAACAAAAAAUAUUCUAAAUACAAUAAUUGAUAUACAGCCAAAAAUUAAUAAAGAUAAUGAUGAUAAAUCAAGUUCAGAUAUUGUUUAUGAACUUGCACAAAUUAUUAUGGAUAAAAUUGAUAUAUCAAUUGAUCAUGAUAAAUGUAAUAAGGAACAUUAUAAAAAAGACACAACUGAUCGUUUGCCAUCAUUGACAAUUGUUUUGAUACACGAAGUUGAUAGAUAUAAUAAACUUCUUGAUAAAAUUCAUGUAUCAAUGGAUAAUUUACAAAGAGCAAUAAAAGGUUUUGUUGUUAUGUCUGAUGAACUUGAAUAUGUAUUUAAUGCAUUGAUGAAUAAUCAGGUACCAAAAUUAUGGCACAAUGUUAAUGUUUAUCCAUCAUUAAAAACACUUGGUAGUUGGAUUAGAGAUUUGGAGUUGAGAAUUGAUUUUAUCAAGAUGUGGUUGAUUGAUAAGCUGCCAAUAUCAUUUUGGUUCUCUGGUUUUUCUUUUCCUCAAGGAUUUAUCACUGGUGUACUUCAGACAUAUGCAAGAAAAUAUAAUAUUCCAAUUGAUCAUCUUAAACUUGAUUAUACUGUGUUGAAAAAGGUACUGCGGCAAGAAGACAUUGGAACUGCUCAUUUUUCAACGAAUAAAGAGGAUCCAAAAUUAUAUAAAGGUUUAUCAAGCCCAGAAGAUGGUGUAUUUGUUCAUGGAUUAUUUUUAGAUGCUGCAAGAUGGGAUUUUAAUGCUGCAGUACUUGUUGAUGCUGCAAUGGGUGAGAUGAAUCCAAGUUUACCAGUUGUUCAUAUACUGCCAGUUGUGGUGCUUCCAGAAAAUGAUAAAAGAUAUGUAUGUCCACUUUAUAAAACAGCAAUACGUGCUGGUGUAUUGUCAACAACUGGACACAGUACAAAUUUUGUUGUACCAAUAUUACUACCAUCAUCACGAGAACAGUCAUACUGGAUUCUCAAAGGUACAGCUCUUCUUAUUCAAGUCACAGAUUAAUCAAUAAUAAACACCAUAAAAUCAAGACAAUA